UAUAUACUUGUUGAAAUUAAUCUAAUUUUCUUUACGUGGUAUAUACUUGUUAAUUUCCUUGCUAUUUUCUCUCUUUUCUCUACUCCCUCCCCGAGAAACGACUUUCUCUCUCACUCCCCGAAUAUUCGGAUCCACCGUGGAGAAAUAACCAAUCACGUCCCAAUAAUCACUUCACGCACGCUCUCCUCCUCCGCUGUCCACCGGUGUUCUCCCUCCCCCCCCCACUCCUCUCGCUCCCCACUCUCGCUCCCCCUCAAAAAGAAAAUCGAUACCCAUGUGAACGAACUGAAACGCAGAUUCUCUCUCUCACCAGUUUGAACCAGUUUUAUCCCAAAAUUAAUUACCAAAAACCCAUUGUCAACAUUAUUUUCGAUCAAAUAACAAAUUCUUGAACAGCACCAAAUCGUCGCCGCCACACCACCAUCUCCGCCAACAUCGUCGAUCCCACCAAAUGAUUUCACUAAAACUCGUCUCCACGCAUUUCCUGAAGCAACCGUAGUUUCUCAUUUCCACGCGAAAAUAUUAAAAACCUCAAAAAAAAAGUAACCUCUCCGGCCUAAAAAUUCCUCACCUCACGGAUCGCCCAGGAUUUUUGAAAAUGUUUAAAUUUCGAAGACGAUCCUUUUGUACGACGAAAUCCAAGGAGGACGAAGAGGAUGAAGUGAAAGUCGAUGGCGACAACAAUGAAGUUAACGUCGUCAAGACGAAACCCUCACCCCCCACGUCAACCACAACCCCCACGACGACAACCCCGACGUCUUCAAAGUUCUUCACGGGGGUCAAGUCCUUCCGGAAGUCACUCAUGGGGCAGAUCGAGAAAGGGGAGCGGAAGAGGGGCGAAGCGGAGGAGGAGGUCAAUCACCUGGAGGUGGAGGGGAAGAGACCGGACUCUACCACCACCACACCCACUGCAGGUGAACCCUCCACCAUGACCCCCCUUCACUCCACCCCCAACCACCCCCACCCCCACUAUUCUGAAACCCCCCAUCACCAUGACAACCCCAUGAAACCUCAUCGAACCUACUGCGCCGAGUCCGAGCGUGACAUAGAACGGAACAUAAAUUACUAUGGCAACCAAAAGAAACACCGUCGGAAACGGCACCGUGAGAAAAGCGAGGUUGCUGCCAUACCAACCGUCACCAUCGAGGAAAUCAUCAUCCCCAAAGAGGAUUCCACUGGGGGCCGUGGUGGGGGAUUUCUUGAGGCCAUUCAAGGGGGGGACCCCCUCCUGUCCCCCCGCUCCAACUCAACCCUGGCCCCCAACCCGCACCUCUUGUCCCUAAGCCAAACCCCCUCCCCGAUGGACCUGCCCCCCUCGCCCCCCAUGGCGCAGAUGGACGGACCCCCCAUCCGCCGACUCCUCUACGCCGAGACAGAGUCCAAACUGAACGAUUUAACCAAAGAAAUGUCCACUUUGAAGCGGAAUCUCAAGCGUUUCGAGGACGAGUACGAGACGAUUUUCGGUUAUCGUCCGAGCUAUGCGGACAAAUUGGGGAAUAAAGAUAUGAAAAAAUGCCUCGUGGGGGUCGCCAGGAUCAAAAGGGAAAUGGGGGCGCUCCACGACUGUCCCCCUGGGGUAUUUCCCCCCACCCCCCACAAAUCCCUGACCUCCCUCACCACCACGGUGACACAAAUCCCCCUGUCCACCACGCCCCCCUCGCUGAUGACCCCCGCGGAACUCCAGGAAGAAAAGAACUCUUUGCAAAAACAGCUAUUAAUUUUGGAGCGGAAACACGGUCGUCCGACGAAAAAGGAGGAAAAGGAAAUCGUUCGAGAGCUGUACGAAAGGUAUCGAGAGGUGAAACGUUGGGGGAGGAAAUCGACCUCCAGUGGGGGUGGUGGGGGGAAAUUCUUGGGGGUCGUCCCGGAAAAUGGGGUCCUGGAAUUGGGGGAGCUGGGGGAAGAGACGACAUCACGUGUUUUGCAAAUUGACAUGGAUCUGGAAAUCGAUGGUGUUGCCAUAGAAAUCGAAGAUGAAGCGUGGAAUUUGAUGGAUUUACCCACCCUCACGGCGCGCCUCACUGAACUGCGCGAAGAAAAGCGCGCCCUGCGCUCAACCCUGCGCCGAUUUGAAUCUGAUUUCACCAUGACGACGGGGCGGAAGCCUCAAAAAGAGGAGAAAUAUUCCUCUUCUUCAUCCAUGGAAACGUGUUACCAACGUUACAAAAAAAUAAAGAAAACGAUUCGAUUGCUCGAAGUGCUCGUGAACAAGAUGAAGAAUAAUGAUGAGUAAAUACAUUCCCGUAGUUGCGUUGCUAUGGUUACUAUUGUGAACAUUUAUAUAGCUUUAAAUCUAUAAAAAAAGUAUAUUUAAAAGCAAAUUUAUAUUUAUUAUAUAUAAAAAAAAGUUAUUGCUAUGGAAAUAAAAUCUGUUGAUAAUCUA